AAAAAAAGCUAAUCUUCCGGAGUAAGAAUCAAGAUGUGUCUAAUCUCCCGGAGUGUUUAAAACGUGCUUUUCAAAAUACAACCUGCACGAACCAAUCUUACACGAAGGCAUGUUGAAGUUUCACCCCUUCAAAACAUCACAACCUAUCACCAAACUACAAUUUCAAACCAUAUCAUCUACUUCUACGGCGUCGCAUAGUCAAAAGUACAAACCAUCUUCAAAGCGUCGCAAACCCAAACCCAUACCAUUUCUCGCCGAUCUCAAGCAACUGCAUGACCCAGACGAAGCCUUAUCUCUCUUCACACAGUACGCCCAAAAGGGCGUCAAACAUGACUAUCCUUCAUACGCCUCUCUCCUCUAUAAGCUUGCUCGCUCCCGAAAGUUUGAACUCGUCGACCCACUUCUUGAUUUCAUAAAAAAUCGCGGUAUUCGUUGCCGGGAAUCACUGUUUAUUGCAUUGAUUCAGCAUUAUGGUAAAUGUCAAUUAGUUGAGAAAGCAAUUGAAUUGUUUAAUCAAAUGCCCAACUUUAAUUGUGAACGAAAUUUGCAGUCUUUGAAUGUUUUGCUUAAUGUGCUUAUUGAUAAUGAUCGAUUUGCUGAUGCAAAUGAUUUGUUUUUGACGUGUAAAGAACUGGGUUUUCAGCCGAAUUCGGUUUCGUUUAACAUAAUGAUCAAGGGUUGGUUGGUGAAGGGAGAGUUAGAGAAUGCGUGUAAGGUGUUUGAUGAAAUGCUUGAGAGAGUGGUGCAGCCUACUAUUGUGACUUAUAAUAGUUUGAUAGGGUUUUUGUGUAAGAAGGGUGAAGUGGGUAAGGGUAUGAAGUUGCUUGAUGAUAUGAUUGGUAAAGGAACACACCCAAAUGCAGUAAAUUUUGUGCUUCUGAUGGAAGGUUUCUGUUCCUUGGGGAAGUAUGAUGAGGCCAAGAAAGUGAUGUUUGAUAUGGAGUACAGAGGGUGCAAACCCCAGCUUAAUAAUUUUGGGGUUUUGAUUACUGAUCUUGCACAAAGAGGGAAGCUUAAUGAAGCUAAAUCUUUGUUCAAUGAGAUGAAGAAGAAGAAGCUAAAUCCAGAUGUGAUAAUAUAUAACAUAUUGGUGAACUUUUUGUGUAAAGAAGGGAAAGUCGAGGAGGCUUAUAAAGUUCUUGUUGAUAUGCAAAUUAAAGGAUGUAAGCCUAAUGCAGCUACUUAUAGGAUGUUGGUUGAUGGGUUUUGUCGAGUUGGUGAGUAUGAGAGGAGCUUGAGUAUCCUACAUGCUAUGCUGAUGAGCCACCACUGUCCUCGGUUGGAAAGUUUUCAUAAUAUAGUUUCAGGCUUGCUAAAGGGUGGAAAGAUGGAUGAUGCUUGCUUUGUGUUGGAUGUAAUGGAGAAGAAGAAUAUGAGAUUUCAAACUGCAAAAUGGGAAUCUCUUGUUGUGGAGCUCUGUGGUGAUGGUGAUGGUGAUGGUGAUGGUGAUGGUGAUGGUGAUGGUGAUGAUACUACUGUUGAACUUGUGAGUGAACUUAGCUCAAUAAAUUCAUAGGCUUAAAGUAAUAGUUAAAGUAUUUUCAAGUUGUGACAUUUUUUGUGUGCUUAGAGCAUGAUCAGCCCCAAGUCUUAAGAUAUGAGUUGUGCUGACAUGGCAUAUGAUUCAUCAGUCUUAAGAUCAGACAUAUAGAAAUUGUAGCAUUGAAGUAGACAAGUUUUAUCAAAGUCUUAAAGUGAGUCUUGAAAAAUUAAGACUCAACUUUGGUAGGUGAGUUAAAUUAAAUAAUAAAUUGAUAUUUUACAUAAAUUUGCAAGUCUUAAA